AUGCUUCUGGAGCGGGCCUUAGUAGACGGUACUGGGGACGUUGGCGGAGUGACUGGCGGCCGUGAUUGGGAGCAGGAGCUUCAGGGGUCGGAGGACUUUGAGGGUCCCCUUGGAUCGGUGUCAUUUGAGGACGUGACCGUGGACUUCAGCAGGGAGGAGUGGCAGCAACUGGACCCUGCCCAGAGAUGCUUGUACUGGGAUGUGAUGCUGGAGAUCUACAGCCACCUCCUCUCCGUGGGGUAUCACAUUCCCAACCCAGAGAUUAUUUCCAGGAUGGAAAAAGGAGAGAAGUCAUGGAUAAGAGGGGCUCAGCUCCCACAUCAGAGGCAUCGAGAAGGGGUGUUUGGACUUAAAACCUCCCAACAGAAAAUAUUUGAAAAAGCUUCAUUUCAUGAUGAUAAGGAAAGUGAAGUCACAAGAGAUGGUUCGUGGUGUUCCAUUUCAGAAGACCUGUGGGAACAUGCCAGUCAUACAGUGAGGAGUCAGUGGAAGCAAAAUGAACCUGCACAGCGUGGGGCCUUCCUCAACAGGAAAACACUGGAUACAAAGAGAGACCGUGAACGGAAAGACUCUGGAAAAAUCAUUCAUGUGAGGCCCCACCUUGUUUCUUCACAAAAAAGACCUCAUAAACAUUGCUCAUUUGCAAAAAGUUUGAAGCCUAACCUAGAAGUAAAUCAUCAAAAUCAAAGCGACAGCACAGAACGCCUUGAUGAGCUUGUUGGCUCUGGCCAGCUGUUCACCCGUAGCUCUUCCCAUGCUGGCUGCAAGGGUAUUCAUCCAGGAGAGAACUUCUGUGAUGGGGAUCAAUGUACGAAAGUCCUCAGCCGUAAACAGUCACGCACACAGCAUCACAUUCGUAAUCAGGAGAAACCCGAUAAAUGUGCCGAAUGUGGGGGGGGCUUCCCCCAGAAGCCACCCCUCGAGCAGCAGAGAUUCCAUAGCGUGGAAAACCUCCAGGAAUGCAGCAGAUGCGCAAAGGGCUUCACCCCACAACCAAAGCUCGGUGUGUAUCUGACAGAUCACACAGGUAACAUUCCUUACAUCUGUAAGGAAUGUGGGAAGGUCUUCAUUCAGAGAUCAGAACUGAUCACACACCAGAAAACGCACACGAGAAAGAAGUCCCAUAAAUGCCACGAAUGUGGGAAAGCCUUUUUCCAGAUGUUAUCUCUCUUCAGACAUCAGAGGACUCACACUAGUGGGAAACUCUACGAAUGCAGCAAAUGUGGGAAAGGCUUCUCCCAGAAUUCAACCCUCACCAUCCAUCAGAAGAUUCAUACGGGUGAGCGCGAGUACGCAUGCGGUGAAUGUGGGAAGGCCUUCACCCAGAAGUCAACGCUCAGCUUGCACCAGAGAAUCCACUCGGGGGAGAAGUCCUAUGUGUGCAUUGAGUGCGGGCAGGCCUUUGUCCAGAAGGCACAUCUGACUGUUCAUCAGAGAGGCCACACCGGAGAGAAACCUUACCCAUGCCACAGCUGUGGGAAAGCCUUCAUUUCCAAGUCACAGCUUGAUAUACAUCACCGGAUUCAUACUGGGGAGAAGCCUUACGAAUGCAGUGACUGUGGAAAAGCCUUUACCCAGAAGUCACACCUCAACAUCCACCAGAAGAUUCACACCGGAGAAAGACAACACGUAUGCAGCGACUGUGGGAAAGCCUUCAACCAGAAGUCCAUACUCAGCAUGCAUCAGAGAACUCACACCGGGGAGAAGCCUUACAAAUGCAGCGACUGUGGGAAAGCCUUCACUUCCAAGUCACAGUUCAAAGAGCAUCAGCGGAUUCACACCGGAGAGAAACCCUAUGUGUGCACCGAAUGUGGGAAGGCCUUCAACGGCAGGUCAAAUUUCCACAAACAUCAGAUGACGCACACCAGAGAGAAAACCUUUGCCUGUUACAAAUGUGGGAACGCCUUUCUCCAGAGAUCAGAAUUGAUGGCACAUCAGAGAACGCAUGUUGGAGAGAAGGCUUAUGAAUGCUGUGACUGUGGGAAAUCCUUCAGCAGGAAACCACAGCUCCAAGUGCAUCAGCGGAUUCACACGGGAGAGAUGCCCUACGUAUGUUCUCAGUGUGGGAAGGCCUUCAACAACAGAUCCACUUUUAAUAAACACCAAACUACUCAUACUAGAGACAGGUCUUAUUAAAGCAGUUAUUGUGUGAAAGGCUUUACCCAGAAAUCCGUUCCUCAUAUGCAUUGGCAUACACAUAAAUGAACCAAACCCUAAAUUUCUCGAAGAAGAAAAAAAAUCUCCCAAGCAUCAGAUUCAGUUGUAGGUUAUAGAAUCCCUGAUUCUGAAAAACUCCAGGAACGCACUGCAUGUUGCAGAGUUACACAUUAUUUGAUGUGAAAGAAAUGACUCAGAAAACAACUUUUAAGAAUGAGGGUAAAUGUCCAUACUCGUACGAGCCUCGUUAAGGAUUAUAAAAUUCAUCUGGGAAGAAACCCCGACUAACACAUUGAGAAGCGUGUUUCUCUAGAAAGUAGUACAAGACAGACUUUUUUUUACCAGAUCAUUUAUAGGAAAAUUUGUGAGAAAUUAAUGAUAACCCAGUUGAAUAUGGAAUAUCAGUAUUUUCAACGUACUAGCAAACUGAAUGACCAAACGGUAGUGUGUGUGUGUGUGUGUGUGUGUGUGCACGUGUGGGGGUCAGGUCAGCACAUACAUACAUAGAUACGUAUAUACACCCACAUAACGCUCAGUUCUGUAGUGUUUGUUGUAGGAUAUCACUGCAUAAGGGGCGCCUGGGUGGCUCAGUUCGUUGGGCGGCUGCCUUC